UCUCCCUCUCUCCCUCGGAUAAGAGAAAAAUAAAUAUAUCCAAACGACAUUGAACUUGUUUUCAGUUGAUGUUUCUUAACGGAGAGAGAGAGAGAGAGAGAGAGAGAGAGAGAGAGAGUGUGUGUGUGUGUGUAUCGUAGACAAUGUCUAAAAGGAUUUUGUUCGAUCUAAAUAAUCAACAUCAAUGAUCUAAAUUACGAGAUAGAUAUCAAUUGAAAAAAUUAUCGUACAAUAAAUUAUUCUUUUAAUCUGUGAUAUUAGAGAAGAAAGGAUCAAAGGAGAGUUACUUUGGUGCGAGUUUUUAUUUAUUGACGAUUACUAAAAAUUGAACAUGUGACAAAAAAGGAUAAUAAUAAUGAUGACCACGAUGAUGAUGAUGAUGAUGAUGAUGAUGAUGAUGAUGAUGAUGAUGAUUAUAAUUGUUCUGAAAUUAUAAUAUGAUUCUUAGUUCUAUCGAAAGUUCACUGUCCUUUUAACAAAAAUUAUCGUAUUAAGAUUAACAAAAUGAUCAACGAGAUUGCAAAGCUUAUAUUUCUUCUCCAUCAUCUAUUGUUUUUGUUAAAUGGAGUAAUGGCCGUCAAAUCACCAUGCCCGGAAUAUUUUCGUUAUAUACGUAACAAUAAUUUCGAGGAUAUGGGACAAGUGGAAAUACCAUGGCCACCGAGAAAUAUGGCGUUGCAUUUGAAAAUAGAAUUAACCGUGGCAACGUCUUUACCAUCGAAAUAUGUCGGACGAUUGGAAUUGGCACAAUCAAAAGAAGAAUCAGUUAGAGCCGUUCAAGAGGGAAGAUCAUUAUUUUAUUUAGUUCAUUUUCCAAUAAGUCAGCCAUUACCGAUUCUAACAAAUAUAUGGUUCAAUGAACAACUAUACUGCAGUGGUCCGCGUGCAUUGGGACGAAUCGUGACAUCCAUUGUUUUGGAACAUACGCUUUUUCCACCAAGGAUAUUAACUAUCUCACCUAAUCAAGGAAACAAUCUUAAUACACAACCGAAUUUCAAUGAUUUUAUACCGUUCAAUCAAAUCUGGUCUCCGUCAUUGAUAGAAGAGUCACCAUCACCACUACCAUCACCAUCACCACCACCACCACAACCGCCGCCAUCAUUGUCACCGCCACGACCAUCACCACAACCAUCACCACAACCAUCACCACCAUUAUUCCCAAUACCAAGCAAAAUGUUUUCAGAAAACAAACCCUUGAAUGAUAACGGCGAUGACAACUGUGGUCGUGUUAAUAUCCCAGAUAACAAUAUUAAUCCUUUAAUAGCCAAAGGUUUGGAGACAACUCCAGGUCAAUGGCCUUGGUUGGUCGCCAUUUUUGUCGUGAAGAUACAAUUUGAAUUUCAUUGUACUGGUACUCUGGUUACGAAUAAGCACAUUGUUACAGUGGCACAUUGUACAAGAUUAGAUGACGUAAUCUUACCAGCCAGUACAAUGCUCGUUUCAUUAGGACGUUAUCGUUUACGAGAUUGGAGAGAAGAAGGAUCGGUUAAUCGAGAAGUGAAAGAAUACAAAUUACAUCCAGAUUACAAGGGUGAUAUUAAAGAUCCAACUGCUGAUGCUGAUUUAGCUGUAAUAACAUUGUGGGAACCAGUCGAAUUUUCUGAUUUUAUCAAACCAAUUUGUCUUUGGUCUGGAUCAAAUGAUCUACGUGAUAUCGUUGGAUCCAAGGGAUAUGUUAUUGGUUGGGGUCAAGAUGAAUUUGGUAAAUACUUGACUAAUCCUCACAUGGCCAUUGUACCAAUUGUAUCUCAGGAAGAUUGUCUCUGGAGUAAUGCAGGUUUUGUCGCUUUUACAUCCAAUCGUACUUUCUGUGCUGGUUCUAGAAAUGGUAUUGGACCAUGUAAUGGUGAUAGUGGAAGUGGUUUGGUGAUACGUAAAACAGAUGGACGUUAUCAAUUACGUGGUGUUGUUUCACGCUCUAUUUUAGAUAGAAGUACAAUGUCCUGUGACCUUAGCCAUUAUGUUGUUUACGUCGACGUAGCAAAACACUUAGAUUGGAUACGUUUGCAAAUAACUUUGUGAAGUUAAAUUUGAUAAGACAAAAAUCGAGUAAAUCCAGAUGAUAUGGGCUGGAGAUUAUGAAAGCAGUCUAAUUCAUAUAUUUUUCAUAAUAUUUGUAUUUGAAUUAUUUAAUAAUUAUCAUUUUCUAUGAUGACAACAUAUAGAAAAAAUAAAUAUAUAUAUUUUUA